UGAAAGCCAUCCAUCCCCUAAAAUCCCAACUCCCCCAGUUUCGUCUCGGAUUCUCCGAUUUCCCGAUUCAAAACCCUAACCCGAACCAUGGUCUACAUUACAUCCUGGGACGAAUUCGUCGACCGAUCCGUCCAGUUGUUCCGUGCCGAUCCUGAUUCGACCAGAUAUGUGAUGAAGUACCGGCAUUGCGAUGGGAAGUUGGUUCUCAAAGUCACCGAUAAUAAGGAGUGUCUGAAAUUUAAGACAGAUCAAGCUCAGGAUGCUAAGAAGAUGGAGAAGCUGAACAAUAUAUUCUUCACCUUGAUGGCCAGGGGUCCUGAAGUUGAUCCAUCGGAAGUUACUGGGAAAGAUCAGAUGGAAGCACAACCAACCAAGAAAGGAAGAGGAAGGAAACAAUAGUCUCGCUGGCCAUUAGAUAAUUAGGUCUUUUGAACUCAUCUUAAGAUUAACCCUGAGGUUACUUGAAGAAUUUUGUAAUUCAGAACGCUGUUCGAAUUUGCCAUAUGGUUUGUCGAUUCUUCAUUUCGGAUUCAAUCCAUUUUAUAUAAUAUUGUUACUCUU